AUGUCUUGGGGUUACUACUUCAGGGACCUUCUUUGCAGUAACCACUGUAGCGACCUCACUAACGGGAACCACAGCAACCAUCUCCCGAGCGGUAGCCACUGCAGCCAUUUCCCAAACAGAAACGAAUGCAAGAAGCUCCCUUACGGUAUUUUUUGCAGCGACAUCCAUUAUGAUUACCACAGCAGCCAAAUCCCUAGUGGUAACCACUUCAGAGACUUCCCUGACGGUUUCCACUGCAGCAAUCUCUCUAGCGGUAAGCAUUGCAGGGUCCUCCCUAGCGGUAAGAUUUGCAGGGUCCUCCCUAGCGGUAACCACUGCAGCGACCUCCCUAGAGGUAACUACUGCAGCGACCUCCCUAGCGGUAAGCAUUGCAGCGACCUCCCUAGCGGUAACCACUUCAGGCACUUACUUAGCGGUAACCACUGCAGCAACCUCUCUUACGGUAGCCACUGCAGAACCUCCCUAGCGGUAACAACUUCAGCAACCUCCAUAGCGAUUACCACUGCUUCAACCUCCAUUGCCGUAACCAAUGCAGCAACAUACCUAGCGAUAUCCAUUGCAGCGACUUCUCUCUCGGAAACCACUGCAGCAACGUCCCUUGGUAACACAGCAGCAAUAUUCUUAUCGGUAACCACUGCAGCCAACUCCCUUAUGGUAACCACGGCAGCGACAUCAAUUAAGGUUACCCCAGCAGCCAUGUCCGUAGAAGGAACUACAGCAGCCAUCUCCCAAACGGUAAACACUGCAGCCACUUCCCUUACGAUAACCACUGCAGUCAUCUCCCUUACAACGACAUCCCUCAUGUUAACCACAAAAGCCUUCUUCCUAGCAGUAACCACUGCAGCCACCUCGCUAACGGUAACCACUGCAGCGACCUCCCUAGCGGUUACCACAGAAGUCAUCUCCUUAGCAGUAACAUAUGAAGCGACUUCCCUAACGGUAACCAAUGCAGCGACAUCCCUGAUUGUAAUUAUAGCAACCAUCUACACAGCGAAAUCCACUGCAGCGACCUCCCUAACGCUAACCUUUCCAGCCAUUUCCCUUUUGUGUUGCCACUGCAGUAAACGCUGCAACCAUCUCGCUAAUUGUAACCACUGA